AAUUCAAAUAAUAUUCUCAUCACCAAUGACAAUAGUGGUGGUAAUAUUGUCGGUAAUCAUCAAUCAUCAUCAUCAUCAUUGAUGACCAUGCAUCAUUCAACAGCAACAGCAACAACACAACCACCAUUAUCACCAUCACCAAUAUCAAUGAUGGCAACAGCAGCAUCAGCAACGAUAAUUGAUCAACAACAAUCGAAUAUUACAAUCGAUAGUAAUAUUGAUCAUGAACAUCUAUCACAUGCUCAUCCUCAUCAACAUCAUCCGCAACUUUCUCAUCAUUUACAUUCACAUCCUCAUAUUUCUCAUCAUCAGCAUCAUCAUUAUCAACAACAACAACAGCAUCAUCAUCAAGCAACAACGUUACAGCAGCAACAACAACAGCAAAGAAUUCGUCGUCCAAUGAAUGCCUUUAUGGUAUGGGCAAAAGCUGAACGUAAACGUUUGGCCGAUGAAAAUCCGGAUCUACAUAAUGCUGAUCUAAGUAAAAUGCUUGGCAAACGAUGGAAAUCAUUAUCACAUCAAGAACGUCGACCAUUCGUUGAAGAAGCUGAAAGGCUACGCGUACAACAUAUGCAAGAUCAUCCAAAUUAUAAAUAUAGACCUCGUAGAAAAAAGAAUUGUAAACGUAGUGCCGUUACCGCAAACACUACGACAAUUACGUCGCCAAAAUCUACGACAACAACAUCAGCAAAUCGUAAUAAUAAUAAUAAUGGCCAUAUAAAGAAUUCAAAGAAAUCAACAUUAUCAUCAACAUCAUCAUCAUCGGCUUUAUUAUAUCAGCAGCAACAACAACAGCAACAGACAUCUUCGCAAAUAAUGUCAUCACAUGAUAUGGCUGAUAAUUCAUCCAUUAGUUCUCCAUCAUUAGAUUAUGGUGGUGUACAAACACCAGAUUCAUCUCCACAUGGUAGCCCAAUAAAUCAAUCAGCCGAUAUUAUCUAUAAUAAUAAUAGAUUCAAUCAACAUUCACCACGUUCAUUCUAUAAUCAUAAUAAUUAUACUACUACCACCAAUACCACCGGUCCAAUAUCAUCGAUUGGUUCGAUGAAUAAUUCAGGUCAACAAACAACAUUAGUCAUGAAUGAUCAGAUCUCUUCAACGAAUCCAUUGGAUUAUCCACCACCACCACCACCAUCAUUAUUAUCAUCAUCUCGUCAAGGAAAAGGAACAGCUAAAUCAUCAUCAUUACCAACACCGGAAAUCUCACCUGUUGAAAAUGAUUUACAUCACUCCCAUCAUCAUCAUCUUCAUCAACAUCCACAUCAACAACAUGUAUAUGGGUUACAUACUAGUAGUGGUGGAUCACAUCAUCAUCAUCAUCUUCAUCAUCAACAUGGAUCACAAUUGAAUGAUCUGCAUACAAUGUAUCCACCAACACCAUCACAACAUCAAUCGAUUUUCCAUCAUCAUCCACAACAGCAACAACAACAAUAUCAUCCUACACAAACAUAUGGUAGUGUUGAUGUUAAUAAUAAAUUAUCACCGAAUAAAUCCAUAGCUAAUACGAAUGAAUUGAAUAAUUCAAUUCAAUCAUCGAUAAAAUCAUCGAUUGAUCCAUUUAAUGAAUUAAUUAGUCGUUUUAGUGGUUCAUCAACAUUUUUAAGGAAUGUAUGUCCACCAUAUUCAUAUCGUCAUCAACAACAACAACAAUUAUCACCAACAAAUCAUCAAUCAGAUUCAUCAUCAGCCAUCACUAUUGAUAUCAACGAUCAACGAAAUUGUAGCCCAUAUUCUGGAAUGGAAAAAUCGCCAAUGAGUUAUCCAUAUGAUCAACCACCACCACCGCCUCAACCACCAAGAUCAAUGCUACAACAUCAAUUGGAAUUACCAAUCAAUAAUAAUGAAUCAUCACCGUCAUCUGCAUCAUCGAUUACGCCAAUAUCAUCAUCAUAUCAUCAUAGAUCAUGGUCAAACCCAAUCGAUACGACAAUGAUGAUGAAUCAUACAUUAUAUGGUGCUGCUGUUGGCAAUUAUUCUUUAUCGAUGUAUAAUAAUAAUAAUAAAAUUGAAUCAAAACCAGAAACAAUGUAUACUGGAAAUAUUUAUCAAUCGAAUGAUACGAAUCUUUACUAUGGACAGAAUAAUUUUGAUGCUGGUAGCAGUAAUGAUCCAAAUAUAGCAUUCCAUUAUGGUACAAAUAGUAAUAGUCCUCGAUCGAAUACAAUCAUAUCGAAUGAAUUACAUUCAGAUUUAAUAUCAACAAUUGGUACUGGUGGUGGUAAUGUAAUGGAUAAUAACAGUAUAGUAACACCCACAACAACAACAACAUCAUCAUCAUCAACAACAACAACGAUGAAUAAUUAUCAUCAUUGUGAUUCAAGUAAUUCCGAAUUGAUUGCUGCAUUAGCCGAAACUCGUGAAAUCAUUUCAUGAGAAAAAUCCCAAAACACACACAUACACACACACACACACAUAAAAAACUGAUAAUACCUACAAAUGACGAGCUUAUAAGAAAACGAAUCAAAAAAAAAAAAUACUUUAUCCGGAAAAAAGUGCAAAUCUUCUUUUUCUCAUUAAUCAAUCAAUCAACCAUUUAGAUACAAUAUGAACACAACCAAAUCCUGUUCAUUUUACAAAUGUCACAAAUUUUUUUUUCUCUCUCUCUCUCUCUCUCUCUCUCUCUCUCUCUCUCAUUACAAUCGAUUCA